GCAGCCGAACAGAAGCUCUCACAGGCGCAGACGCAGCAUUUGCUUCAGAUUCCCAGCAACACGUGCUCCGGAUUUCACGUGCUCAUUUUCCCGUCGCAGCAGCAUUUUUUUCUCCCAGCUCUCACCCCUUCUCUUUCCUCACCUCCUUCCCGACGCCUCGAACACCCCUCGUCUCAGCCUUUCUCAAUGCCCUCCCUUCCGCCCUCAAGCGCAGAAAAGGCGUCUCCAGCACUGGCGGCACAUAUCAUGGACUCCUCGAGCAUCGCAUCCACCAAGCACCUCUCAUUCGUCCCAGCCCUCUCACGCUCUGCCGCACAUCCAACACAGCCACCACAGCUGCCAGCGUCCACCAAUCUACUAUCCUCGUCUCUCAGAUUCCUUCCCGCGUCUCUUGGCCGCGUGUUCGCGGUGUCGGCGCUGCUCGUCGUCGCGCUCUCCACCGUGUCGCAGUACCGCGAUCUGCAGGCAGCCGGGAGCAUCAUGGCGGCAUCGUCGCCGUUCCCCGUGCUGCCGCCGCUGGAGGUCCGUCGGCUGGUGGAGGACGAAGGGUACAUUUACCUGGACGUCAGGACGGCAGAGGAGUUCGCGCAGGUGCACGUGGCGGGGUCGGACCUCAUCCCGUAUCUCAUCACCGCGCCGGACGGAUCGCAGCAGCCGAAUCCCGGCUACCUCGCCCAAGUGAAGGCCAAAUACGCCCUGGAUACGCCGCUCGUCGUGGCGUGUCGCAGCGGCAGGAGAUCGAACCUGGCAGCUCUGGAAAUGAUGGCUCAGGGAUUCACAAACCUAGUGGACCUGGCAGGCGGCAUCAUCGCAUGGGAGGCGAGCGGGCUGCCUGUAGUGAGGCAGGCCAGUAAAGCGGAUGGUGCAGCCCGCUCUCCUGUCACCAACGCAAGCAGGAUGGCUGGAUGACUUUUAUAUGUACAUAUUUAAGUUAUAUGUAUUUCAGGGUAGAAGGGCUGUGUAUUGAUACAUUAGUCCCA